AUGAUGAUGGAAGAAGCCAUCGAGAAAUUGCCCAAAGUGGAGCUUCAUGCACAUUUGAAUGGAUGCAUUCGAGAAUCGACCUUGUUUGAUUUGGCCAAGGAACGUUCCGUGACACUCAGUCAUGAACAUUUUCAUCAUCAAGACCAUCAAGUUCCAUCCAAUUCUUCUAUUUUAGAUCAUGAUGAUCCACCAGCAGCACGAUUCUUCAAUGUCCGACCGAGGUCCUUGCAGGAUUGCUUUGACAUUUUUGCAGAAAUCCCAAAGUGCGUGGAUGAUUUGAUAUCUCUUCGGCGUAUUACACUGGAAGCCUUAGAAGACUUUGCCAAGCAUAAUGUUGUAUACUUGGAACUGAGAUCUACGCCAAAGCAGCUGCAUGUGCAGUCCGCAAAUAAGACUGGAAAUUAUGGCGCUGAACAAAAGAAACCAAGGCUUGCCUCCAAAAAGGAUUACUGCCACGUCAUUUUGCAAGCCAUGGAAGACUUUGAGAAGGAUCAGAACCAACUUAACCUGAAGCAAGAAGAGCAAAGGAAAAUAGCCAAUGAAUCCAAUGCACCUAGCUCCCAACAAGGACCAAUACCAACAAUGACGUGUCGGUUCCUGGUGGCAGUCGACCGAUCCCAUUCAAACGAAACAGCCAUGGAACACAUUGAAUUGGCCAAGGAUUUGGUUCAGAGCGACGAGUAUGGAUAUCGUGUUGUUGGAGUUGAUAUCGGCGGCAAUCCCACCAAGAAUCAUUUUCACGAUUUCCGUCCAGCAUUUGAAGUGGCAAGAGAAGCUGGAUUGAAAAUUACACUUCAUUGUGCCGAAGUCCCAUGCCAUGACAAUGACGAUGAUCCAUCCAAUAAGCGAGUUGUUAUUGCCUAUGACGAAGCCAAGAGCAUCUUGGAGUUUGCCCCUGAUCGACUCGGUCACGCCUUGUUACUACCCCCUUCGCUUCAAUCGAUGUUGCAAAAAUCCAAGAUUCCGGUGGAAUGUUGUCCCACAAGCAAUGUCAUGACCUUGGAAUUGGCCAAGGACUUUCACGGCAGUUUGCUGGAUGGGAUGAAACAACAUCCACAAUUGCCACUGUGGCUCGAAUCGAAUCAUCCCGUUUCCAUCAACACGGAUGAUCCCGGGGUCUUUGAUACCGAUCCCACCAAGGAAUGGAGGCUUGUCCAAGAAACCUAUGGAUUGAGUUUGGAACGAAUACAACAAGUCUUGCUCGAGUCCAUGGAUCAAGCGUUUUGCGAUACUGCAACCAAGGACCGGAUAAAGACGCAAAUGAAGCUAGCGUUUGACAGUUGA